AUGGGGUUUGCUGUGUUGAAAGGAAAAGAUGGAAUUCUUUCCCGGGCCGCGGCACACUGCGGUGGCUGCAGGGCGCCGCCGCCGCCACCUGGCUGUGUGGAGUGGCACCGCCACGAGCGCCGCCGCCCUCUCCCUCAGCUAGGGUUAGGGCACGGCCGCCGCGUUUUCACUGUUAAUAACAGAAAGAGACUAGCUAACUGUGCUAUUGGAUUUGACAAAAACUCCAUCAAAGUUAAAAGACAAGACAAGCCAUCGUUGUCAAGUUGCAUAGAUGGGCUGAUCGACACCAUAAUGGGAUCCACUGCUAUAACCAUUUCAAACAACUUUUUCACUCACCAUGACAAGGUGAUGCUUCUUGGAAAUAGCGAUGCCUAUACCCAAGAUGUCAAAAUGCAAGUAACAGUUGCAUUCAACCACUUUGGAGAAGGGCUUGUUCAGCGAAUGCCCAGAUGCCAAUAUGGAUACUUCCAUGUGGUGAAUAAUGAUUACACCCACAAGGAAAUGUAUUCAAUCGGGGGAAGUGCAAACCCCACCAUUCACAGCCAAGGCAAUAGAUCCCUUGCUCCUGAUAAUAGAUUCCAGAAGGAGGUGACAAAGCCCGAAGAUUCAAUAGAAGGUAAUUGGAGAUCAGUGGGAGAUCUGAUGUUAAAUGGGGCAUUCUUCACAACAUCAAGGGCUGGAGCAUCCUCAAACUAUACCAAAGCUUCGAGUAUGGUAAAAAGACCUUCCUCUAUUGUGGGCUCUAUAACUGCAAAUUCGGGUGUUCUCAGCUGCACUCUGGUCACUAAUUAG